UUCCUGAGAAAUGUACUUCUUCUACCGUGCAGUUUCUAGUGCGAACUCAAGUCGCCUGUGUAACUGUGUGCUUCGUAAAUCUCUCCUGCAGCGUAAAUGGUUAUAGUGGCGGCGCUAUAAUACCUAAGAGUGUAAUAAAUGUAUAAAACGUGUGGCUAUUGACCAGCAGAAGUAGGAGAUUGACAGUGUGAUUGGUUUUUGCAAAGGUGAGAGAGAGAGAGAGGAGGAGGAGGAGGAAGGAAAGAAAGGUGUUGGAUCGCGAAAACACAUAACGGGCAUCACCCGUAUGUCGGACAACGACUUUGCGAACAGGUGUUACUGUUUCUUAAUUGCAAUAAAGGAGCCCGCGCUGCGAAUUGGGCCGACAUGGAGUGGAGAGAGCAGUCCACGGUCAGCUGCGAAGCCGCCUUCAGGGAAGCCCAGAGAUGGGUGGAAGAGGUCUCCAAGAAGAAAUUCGGGCACCGGGACUUUCGAUCGGCGCUGGAGAAUGGAGUCCUGUUGUGCGAUCUGAUCAACCGAAUAAAGCCUGGCAUCAUCAAGCGAGUCAACAGACUGUCCACACCGAUCGCCGGCUUGGACAACGUGAAUGUCUUCUUGAAAGCUUGUGGCAAGCUGGGACUGAAAGAAGCCCAGCUGUUUCAUCCGGGAGACCUGCAAGACCUGUCCACCAGAGUGACUGUAAAAAAGGAGGAAACUAAGAGACGGCUCAAAAAUGUUUUAAUCACCAUUUACUGGUUGGGAAGAAAAGCACAAGCUGACCCUUUCUAUAAUGGACCUCACCUGAACCUGAAAGCCUUUGAAGGAUUGUUGGGCAUUGCACUGUCUAAGGCACUAGAGGAUUCGGCAGGGCAGAAAGGCAGCAUCCGGGACAGCGGCUUUGGCGACGGCUGGUACGCGGAGAAAGACGAGCUCUUCUCCUUGCCGUCCGGUCACAGGAGGGAAGAUUCCCUGGAUAGCCUGGACUCCGUGGAGUCCAGACCUCUGAACAUCUCGUCUGACGCCGCUCUCAAAGGCAGCAGCGAAGGCUGCGGCAGCGACGUAGAGCCAGACUUUGGCUUCAGGAUGGCUGACAGCAAGGAGACUCUCCAGUAUCGCCGCUCCCUAGUUAUCGAACCCAGGAACACUGCACAGUUCAAUCAGUUCCUCCCCAGCAAGGACAGACAGACAGGUUAUUUCCCAGCACCUCUGCGGAAGAAGCGGGCCGAGCGGCAUGAGGACAACAGGCGGAGCUGGGCCAGUCCGAUGUACACUGAGGAGGAUGGCACCUUCACUAGCAAGGAUAGAUCUAGUACGGGCCCCGCCCACCAGAACGGGUAUGCUUCGUUGGCCAGCCCAGUGGAUUGGGCGUAUGAUAGCGAGAGCGACUCGGACGCUGGUCGGCCGGAGCCAGAUGUGGUGCUUGAUGACCUGGCCAGCCGGAGGUUCCGCAGCCCAUCCCCGGUGCCUCCGACCAACUAUGCCAUGCCCAUGAGCCCACGGCUACUGGGCGCCCCGCGCCUCUUCUCCAGUGCUCCUAAUACCCUGCGAAAGACCGUGGCCUUCCUCAGCAGCGGCGCCUCCUCGUCACCCCCACCUGGCAGGACACGGGCACAGGUCGGUGACGUCCCCUUCAGUGACUUGUACUACGACUCGGAAGAUGAAGAUGAGGAUGAGAUGGGCCGUGCUGAUCCUGUUCAGGAUGACCUCUAUACGCGCAAGAUAGGCCUGCUGUUGCAAUCCUCCAUCAGUGAAUCAUACAAUAAGUUCCUGCCCAAGUUCUGGACACCGGAGGAAGACGCACACGUGAGGAGAAUCAAGCUCGGGUCACAGCGCCGUCCGUGGUACAGGAAGAUGCAGGGAUUCAGUAAAACGAUCUCCAGUUCGUCAUCAGAGGAUUCGGACUGUGAUGUCAGUCCCUGGCAUGCAGCGCCCCCAUCUGGCCGGCCACAGUCUGACACGCCCCCCAGUCACCCACAUGUACUCGGAAGCUCUUCCCACCCUCACCUCCACCAUCUCACGACUCAAAGUUCUCACACGCCGCCUCACAUAGUCUCACAGCCCCACACCAGCCGCACAGCCCCCUGUCAGACAGGGUCUGCCAGGCUAGACCCCUCCUGCAGCCCCCGGCUAGUUAAAUGUACAAAUGGCUCCACCCUGGAGUCCCUCUACCCCUCUGAGGCUUAUGGUGCUAUGGCAGACGACCUCCCAGAUCUGGAGAACGAUGACAUGUUUGCCCGUCGCACCAAUAACUUCCUCAGGGGGACGAGCCUAGCCAGUCGGAAGUUUCAGAGCAGAAUGAGUGCUGGCUCCCCCUCAUGGCCGGAAGUCGCGAUAGUCACCCAGCCCCGGCGGGGUGCGUCUGUGUCCCCAGACAUAGAACGGGAUGACCUGGUCUUCCGCAAAUUAAACCUCCACAAGGCAGAGCGACCUCGAUCGGUUGCCCCUGACUCCUACCAUGCCUUGCCCAUCCCGAAGCCCCAUGAGCUGCCGGGCAAACUUCAGUCACGUCUCCUCUGCAUCCCCUGCCCCCCCGAAUCCGAGGAUGAGGCCCAGGGCAGCCAGGAAGAGCGGGUGCCCGCCGAAAGCGAUGACAUGCUCUUCAGGAGGCUGGCAGCCGGGAACCCGUCCACCGCCUGUCGAGCGACUCCUGUCGUGCCUCCGACCUGCAGCGACAAGGACGUGGACAAGUGGCUGGCCAUACGGGAGGCCAGCCGUCUGCGCUAUAAGAAGAAGCUGAUGGUGGAGAGACUGCUCCAAAAGGGCUCUGGUAGCAAUGGGAGCAAGUCUGUGAGCGAGAUCCCAGAGGAGCCGACGGUGCUGCGGCAGGUCCGCUACGAAGAUCUGCAGAAGAUCCGAGCCCAGGUGAAGGAGUGUGAGGACAAGUGGCAGGACGACCUGACCAAGUGGAAGAACCGGCGCAGGAGUAUAAACUCCGACAUCGUGAAGAAAAAGGAAGAGCGUGAGCAGAUAGAGCAAAUUGAUAGUGGGAGAAGCACCAGGGGGUACAAGACCUUCAGGGAGAUGCAGGAGGACAGGGAAAGCGGAGAGCAGGUCGCACCCAGCAUAGACGCCGGUAGCCUAUAUUCAGCCUCUGAAAGAAAACCCCCAACGAGGAGCCUGCCAGGGCAGAGCUGUGCUAGCGAUACCCUUUGCGCACCAGCUGACGGAGCUAGCGUUCCACCCACGGUCGCCUCACAAGAGAGGAACCGGCAAGCUCGCUCGUUAUUGCCUGAGGGUCCAGCCGAAGUCAGUCGGGAUCACCCGGGUCACGGUCAUACCGACCCAAUCCGGCCUGCUCUCGACAACCAGGCCGGUACAACGCAGGAGAGCUCUGCCGUCUCGUCCAACAGCAAGCCUGAAGAUCAUCGGCCCUACAGCUCCGGCCCUUUGUACACCAGCCAUUCAAUGGAUACAAAACCUGGGAUGGCUCGAGUUUCCGUGUCCCUGCCCAGGAGCUACCAUCGGUCAGACAGCUCGCGCCUCACCUCCGUGGUCACGCCCCGACCUUUCGGGACCCAGUCCACCAAGAUCUCCUCCCUGCCACGGACCUUCAUCAUGGAUGACUCACACAAGCGCUUCAACGGUGAGAUCGAGAGCCACAAACCCAGCCGCUACAGCCAGUUCGUAACAUCUGAAGACGAAACUCGCUCGCAGUCCAGCUCCGUGCAGAGUAGCAAUGAAGAUGAGGAUGAGGAAGAGCGCCAGGUGGACCAGAGGAACUCCUCUUCUGCGCCCCAAACAGGUCGGAAUGCCCUACAGCCAGAUUUGGCGCCCAAGCUGAACUCUGAGAGUAAUGCUGUACAGGAGUAUUACAGCGACAUGAGAGUCAGCCUGAACCAGAAACCCAACAGCAGUCAGGACUUCGGCUUCCAGACCGACUGGGAUUCUACCGGAGCCCACGUCAAGUCCAUUCGACAAGGCAGCCCUGCAGAGCUUUGUCAGCUGCAGGUUGGCGAUGAGAUCCUGGCAGUAGGUGGCAGGCUUGUAUCAAAGAUGAGCUAUGACGAAUGGAAAGGUAGCUUGGAUGCCGCGCUGCAGCAGGGCAGCCUUGUGAUGGAUGUCCGUCGUCAUGGGAAGAACAACUGGGACAAAGAUCUACCUUCCCUACCAUAUAAAAGCCAUAAAACCAUCAAUCUGACCAGUAUGGAUACAACGAUUGUAGGUGGCCCAGAAAAAUAUGUCAGCUCCAGUGGGAAGUUUGCUUCCAUUCCGCCAAGGGAGACGGUAACGAACACGGAGGUCAGCAGCCAGCCGGUCAAAGGUCAGGCACCUAAAGGAAUUAACGGUGGUUUCCGUGAUGAACCAAUGGCCGUGAGGAACCAAGAAUAUGAACCCAUAGCUUUGCGAAACUUUAAACGGAGAUCAGAGUUUUUUGAGCAACAAGCGUCUUCAGAUUCUGCGUCCAGCUCGCUGGUCUACCUCUGUGGUGGCUCAGACUCUGCGAUAUCUGAUCUUCCGGUUCCUUCUAUCAGCAUGCCCUCCAACCGCUGGUCCUGGGACCCUGAGGAAGAGCGUCGCAGACAGGAGAAGUGGCAGAAGGAGCAGGAGCGACAGCUGCAGGAGAAAUACAAACGGGACCAGGAGGUGCUGGAGGAAACGUGGCGUCGUGCACAGCUGGAUGCCAUGAAGAAUAAUGCCGUCCGUAAUGAGGAGCAGGUGAUUUCUGAGGAGGCGGCCAGGAGCGCCGUGACCCUCUGCAGCCCCCUGGGUCCUCCAAGCGAGCACGUCCUCCCUCCUUUCGAGAAGCACGGGCAGGAGGCAACAGAACCCGAGGAGGAGGAGGAGGGGCUCCAGAGGGAGGAAUGGCAGCAAGAGGCGGCGUGGCUGCCGGAGCAGCAGAGGAAGCGAGAGAAGCAGGAGGAGGAAGAGGAGAGACGUCAACCGGAGGACGAGAAGGAGCAACGACAACAGAAAGUCGACGAGUGGCCCAAAAUCCAGGAGGUGGAUGAGGAGCAGUGCAAGGAGAGCAGGAGGCUACAGGAGGAGCAGUGGUCAGGGCCUUCCUAUGAGUUCGCCAAAGUGCUUCCUGAGAUUUCCGUAUCAGACAGGACAAAAUCCAAAUCCACUUCAGAGCUUGAUGAUGUGGACAAACCCAGGGCAAAAGUGGCGAGUGGCGGGAUGAGUGAGACCCUCUGGAGCCAGAGGAGGAGGGGCCCGAGUUUGUCUCCGGCUGAGCAGGAACGCCAGCAGAUCCUGCAGGAGAUGAGAAAGAAGACGCAGCUCCUGACGGACAGCAGCUGGAUCCGCCAGCGCAGCAUUAGCAUUAACAAGGAGCCCGUCGCCCUCGUGGGUCCCAUCCGGAGAGGCGAGUCUCUGGAUAACCUGGAUUCUGCUCGACCCUGGAGACCCUCUUCCUGGACAUCAGGACCAGCCAGCUACAGCCGGCCGCAGUCCUCCUUUUCCGGCUCCAGUUAUAGCCGCUUUGGUGCCUCCACUCUGCCCACCUCGCUCUCCACCGGCUCCCUGAGGCAAAAUGCCUGGCCUCCUGCCUCUUCCCCAUCCCCGCCUGCAGGUGGCGCCAGCGAUGAGUCGCUUUUUAAAAACCAUCCCUCUUCACAGAAAAGCAGGUCAGUCAGUGGGAGGAAAAUGUGUACGCAUUGUGACCUCCCGCUGGGCAAAGGAGCCGCCAUGGUCAUCGAGUCCCUUGGACUCUGUUAUCAUUUGAGUUGUUUCAAGUGCAACAGCUGCAAGUGUGAUCUCGGCGGGUCCGAAUCCGGAGCAGAGGUCCGAAUACGGAAUGGACAGCUCUACUGCAAUGAUUGCUACGUCAGAUUCAAAACUGGACACCCCACCUCCAUGUGACCUAACCACAUUACAGCAGAUUGAAGAGGAAACUGCUUAAGAAGAGAUUUAAACACGAUUCAUUAAGCGCUUCAAAUAUUGCAAUAUGAGUUUAUACUUAUACUCAUUCACUUUGAUUCUACAGGCCCUUAUUAUAUGAUGGCUGUUUUGGUGUCUUUGUAAGCCAAGUGGGAAUAUCAGAGAUAUGAGACUGUGGUGAAUGUGUUGUACAGUGAAUAACGGACGUGCAUGUACCUGUGUAUAUAUAGGAUGCUUUAUUAGAAACAUACAAGUUACAUGUUCUGUCUAUCUAAGUGAUUUCUGCUGGUUUGACUGAUUUCAGAGUAGCACUGUUAAAUUGUUUAUAUUAAAGUAUUUGAAACUUGCUAUUUUAGUGCUUCCUCAAGUCCCAGAGUAUUUUCUUCCUUUUGUUUCAUCCUCCAAGGUGUGUUUCCUUAGACGUGUAUUUGUUGUUUUAUAUGUGCCUUUUUCUUUGUGAUGGUGAAACACUACAGUAAAGCAUUUACAUUUACCAGCAUGGAUGGUGAUUUGCGUCAUAUGUGGAGUUGAACACAAACUAAAGUUUUUGUUCGGUUAUGUUUGUAAAUAAAAUGAUCAGAUCUGCGUUUCUGAA